GCUGGAGCUCCUCACACACACACACACACACACACACACACACACUCACACACACUCACACACACUCCCUCCUGCAGCCCCACCGCCCCCGCCAUGGCCGCGUCCACCCUGUCCGUCUGCUCCAGCGACCUGAGCUAUGGCAGCCGCGUCUGCCUGCCCGGAUCCUCGGACUCCUGCCCCGACUCCUCCUGGCAGGUGGACGACUGCCCAGAGAGCUGCUGCGAGCCCCCGUGCUGCGCCCCGGCCCCCCGCCUGACCCUCCUGUGUGGCCCCUCCUCCCCCUGCCAGGGAGACUGCUGCACCCCUGUGUGCUGCAAGCCCGUGUGCUGCACCCCUGUCUGCUGCAAGCCCGUCUGCUGCACCCCUGUCUGCUGCAAGCCCGUCUGCUGCACCCCUGUCUGCUGUGAGGACUCCCCCUGCACAACCUCUUCAUGCUGCCAGCCGUCCUGCUGCACCUCCUCCCCCUGCCAGGAAGACUGCUGCAAGCCCGUCUGCUGCACCCCUCUGUGCUGCAAGCCCGUCUGCUGCACCCCUGUGUGCUGCAAGCCCACCUGCUGCACCCCUGUCUGCUGCAAGCCCGUCUGCUGCACCCCUGUGUGCUGCAAGCCCGUGUGCUGCACCCCUGUGUGCUGCCAGGACUCCCCCUGCUCAGCCCCCUCCUGCUGCCAGCCCAGCCCCUGCUGCAGACCCUCCUCCUGCGUGUCCCUGAUCUGCCGCCCUGUGUGCAGGCCCACCUGCUGCACCCCUGUCUGCUGCAAGCCCGUCUGCUGCACCCCUGUCUGCUGCAAGCCUGUCUGCUGCACCCCUGUGUGCUGUGAGGAUUCCCCCUGCUCAGCCCCCUCCUGCUGCCAGCCCAGCCCCUGCUGCAGACCCUCCUCCAGUGUGUCCCUGCUCUGCCGCCCCGUGUGCCCCCGCCCCGCCUGCUGCACCCCUGUCUCCUCCUGCUGCCGCCCGGCCUCCUGCGUGUCCCUGCUCUGCCGUCCCGCGUGCCCCCGCCCUGCCUGCUGCUGACCGG